AUGCCUGGCCCGGACCUGCAGCACCAUGUCCACCUACUCCUGGCCCAGCUGGAGCACCCAGAGUCCACUGAGGCAGAGUCUGAGGAUGGCACUCAGCAAGGAGAAGGCCAUGUUCAGUCGAGCACCAGGAUCAUGAAGCCCAAGAGCGAGAAGCCAGACAAGUUCAAGUCCGGUAUCUCCCAGGCUCUUCUGGAGCUGGAGAUUAACUCGGACCUCAAGGCUCAGUUCAGGGAGCUGAAUAUUACAGCAGCCAAGGAAACUGAAGAUGGUGGUGGUAGGAAAGCUAUCAUAAUUUUUGUUCCCAUUCCUCAACUGAAAUCUUUCCAGAAAAUCCAAGUCUGGCUAGUAUGUGAAUUGGAGAAAAAGUUUAGGGGGAAGCAUGUUGUCUUUAUUGCUCAGAGGAGAAUUCUGCCUAAGCCAACCCAAAAAAGCUGUACAAAAAAUAAGCAAAAGCAUCCCAGGAGCCGUACCCUGAAAGCCAUGCAUGACCCAAUCCCCGAGGACUUGGUCUUCCCAAGUGAAAUUGUGGGCAAGAGAAUCCACGUGAAACUGGAUGGCAGCCGUCUCAUAAAGGCUCAUUUGGACAAAGCGCAGCAAAACAAUGUGGAACGCAACGUUGAAACUUUUUCUGGUGUCUGUAUGAAGCUCACAGGCAAGGAUAUAAAUGUUGAAUUCCCAGAGUUUCAACUCUAA